GCACAAUAGAACCAGAAGCUUUGAGACCAUCACUGGUAUAAUAAAAAAAUAAAAACAAACCUAAAUACUGGCAACACAAACUCUCAUAUGUAACUACUUCAUAAACAUGAAGGUUUUAGUUUUUCUCUCUCUCUGGAUUAAAGCCACGGAAUGUUGCAUGUGCAUGCUUUGACCCUGUGUGAUGUCAUCAUCUGUUUGUCCCUUUGAUGUCCCUAUAAGCAUAAAUAGCCCAAACAAGUUCCAGUCUCAUCAUUCCUUCCUGCUGCUUUCAAAGCAAAUGCACAGUUUGGCGUAUAUUUACCUCCUUUUCUUCACCUUGGACUUUAUUCAAGCUCCAGAGGACGACAAGAAAUACUUUUAAUUGCAAUCAGAACUAACAGCAGUCCAACUAGAGAUUCCAACAGUAAGUGGAGCAAGUGGCUUUCAGCCACUGCACAACCACUGGCUUUAUUUAAACCCAUUUGCUCUGCAAACAUGGACACUAUUUUUGGUGUGGCUCUCACAUAUGUUGUGGAAAAUAUUUUUCCACAAGUUGCAUCAUAUAUAGCUAAAAAAGCUCUGCAACGAUAUACAUCUGCGCAGGCAUCGGCUCAGACAGAAAAAAAUGUGAGAAGCAACGAUGAUGAUGAAGUGACUUAUGAGAGUCAUGGACCCAGUUCCAUUGGUUUUCACUCUUGUAGUGAAAUGGCGCAAGAGAAACCUGAGCACAGAAGAAAGGAUUCUGCCAUUUCAGAGCUCAAGCUUUCUCCCUGUGCACCCCCACGGCUAACUGUAAGAAGUAUUUAUGCCCUAAAUAAGAGAGAAUGGCUAAAUAUUGAAUUCCUGGGUUCAGAGAAGACCAAACCUUUUGACAGCAUGGGUCAAGCAAGAAUGGCAUCAAUUUACUGGGCCCAGGAAAAAACUGUCACUGUUGUUUCUACUAGUAGAACAACAACUGACGAUGACUUCUCAGUUUACUGGAGCCACGAGAGAUCGACAAUUAUUUAUUCCACGGCUAGACGAGGAACUGUAUCUAAUGAUAUGCUUCCUUGUCUUACUGAUAAGCCAUAUGACCAUGUCACCUCGCAUUUGAGUGAAAUUCAGUCCACUUCUGUGACUCAUACAUUGAAACUUGCCAGUGAAAGUUUUAAAGAUGAACCAGAAGAAAAAUCAGAAACCCAACCCGAUUCUUCCAACACUGGCUAUUGGUCCAUGAAUGACAUGGCCUGGGAGAAUGUGGAAAAUAUUUUUCCACAUAUUGCAUCAUAUAUAGCUGAAAAAGCUCUGCAACAAUAUACAUCUGCGCAGGCAUCGGCUCAGACAGAAAAAAAUGUGAGAAGCAACGAUGAUGAUGAAGUGACUUAUGAGAGUCAUGGACCCAGUUCCAUUGGUUUGCGCUCUUGCAGUGAAAUGGUGCAAGAGAAACCUGAGCACAGAAGAAAGGAUUCUGCCAUUUCAGAGCUCAGGCUUUCUCCCUGUGCACCCCCACGGCUAACUGUAAGAAGUAUUUAUGCCCUAAAUAAGAGAGAAUGGCUAAAUAUUGAAUUCCUGGGUUCAGAGAAGACCAAACCUUUUGACAGCAUGGGUCAAGCAAGAAUGGCAUCAAUUUACUGGGCCCAGGAAAAAACUGUCACUGUUGUUUCUACUAGUAGAACAACAACUGACGAUGACUUCUCAGUUUACUGGAGCCACGAGAGAUCGACAAUUAUUUAUUCCACGGCUAGACGAGGAACUGUAUCUAAUGAUAUGCUUCCUUGUCUUACUGAUAAGCCAUAUGACCAUGGCACCUCGCAUUUGAGUGAAAUUCAGUCCACUUCUGUGACUCAUACAUUGAAACCUGCCAGUGAAAGUUUUAAAGAUGAACUAGAAGAAAAAUCAGAACCCCAACCCGAUUCUUCCAACACUGGUUACUGGUCCAUGAAUGACAUGGCCUGGGAGAAUGUGGAAAUUCCUGAAACACAGAAUGGGUUUAUUUACAGCACACCACACAGCAUUGGGGCUGGUUUUCAAGCCGCCAGAAGAAGAGCUGAGGCUGCUAUAACAUGGCUCGGAACCACAAUUACAGCUCCAAUUAUGAUUGUGAUCUAUAUGUUCUACAUGUUGUAUCAAGUCUUUAAGAACAUCGCAGCCCCAUUUGUCAGGACCUUUUAUUGGGCAAGAGACAGGAUUCUGGUCAUUUUUCAAGAAGCCAGAAGAAAAUUUCAGAUGCAACAACAAAAUGAGGCAGCUACAAUGUGUGCACCUUUGAGAUUUACAGUGGCUGCUUUCACUGUGAUUUUCAUGUUCUACAUGUUCUAUCCACUCUUUGAGACCCCAGCAGGUCCAUUUCAGACAACCGCUUGCUGGGCAUCCGACUGGGUUCUGGCAGUUUUUCAAGAAGCCAGAAGAAAAAUUCUAUUGGGACAACAAAUUAGGACAGCUACACUGUGGCCAACAUUGAAAAUUACAAUAGCAGCUUUCACUGUGAUCAUUAUGUUCCACAUCCUCUAUCAACUCUUUGUGAACAUCGCAGCUGCAUUUCAGACAACUGUUUACUGGGCAACAAACAGGAUUCUGGCAAUUUCUCAAGAAGCCAAAAGAAAAAAUCUUAUGAGGCAAUACACUGGGACAGUGACGCAGUGGGCAACAUUGCAAAUUACAGUAGCUGCUUUCACUGUGAUCUUUAUGUUCCACAUGCUCUAUCAACUCUUUGUGAGCAUCGCAGCUGCAUUUCGGACAAUUGUUUACUGGCCAAUAGACUGGAUUCUGGCAGUAAUUCAAGCAGCCAGAAGAAAAAUUCAGAUUGGACAACUAAUUGAGGCAGCUACAACCUGGGCAACAUUGAGAAUUACUGUGGCAGCUUACACUGUGAUCUUUAUGUUCCACAUGUUCAAUCAACUCUUUGAGAAGGUCACAGCUGCCAGAAGAAAAAGUCGAAUUGGACAAGUAAUCGAGGCAGCUAAAACCUGGGCAACAUUGCAAAUUACAGUAGCAGCUUUCACUGUGAUCUUUAUGUUCCACAUGCUCUAUCAACUCUUUGUGAGCAUCGCAGCUGCAUUUCGGACAAUUGUUUACUGGCCAAUAGACUGGAUUCUGGCAGUAAUUCAAGCAGCCAGAAGAAAAAUUCAGAUUGGACAACUAAUUGAGGCAGCUACAACCUGGGCAACAUUGAGAAUUACUGUGGCAGCUUUCACUGUGAUCUUUAUGUUCCACAUGCUCUAUCAACUCUUUGUGAGCAUCGCAGCUGCAUUUCGGACAAUUGUUUACUGGCCAAUAGACUGGAUUCUGGCAGUAAUUCAAGCAGCCAGAAGAAAAAUUCAGAUUGGACAACUAAUUGAGGCAGCUACAACCUGGGCAACAUUGAGAAUUACUGUGGCAGCUUACACUGUGAUCUUUAUGUUCCACAUGUUCAAUCAACUCUUUGAGAAGGUCACAGCUGCCAGAAGAAAAAGUCGAAUUGGACAAGUAAUCGAGGCAGCUAAAACCUGGGCAACAUUGCAAAUUACAGUAGCAGCUUUCACUGUGAUCUUUAUGUUCCACAUGCUCUAUCAACUCUUUGUGAGCAUCGCAGCUGCAUUUCGGACAAUUGUUUACUGGCCAAUAGACUGGAUUCUGGCAGUAAUUCAAGCAGCCAGAAGAAAAAUUCAGAUUGGACAACUAAUUGAGGCAGCUACAACCUGGGCAACAUUGAGAAUUACUGUGGCAGCUUACACUGUGAUCUUUAUGUUCCACAUCCUCUAUCAACUCUUUGUGGAUGUCGCAGCUGCAUUUCGCACAAUUGUUUACUGGUCAAUAGACUGGAUUCUGGCAGUGGUUCAAGCAGCCCGAAGAAAAAUUCAGAUUUAACAACUAAUUGAGGCCUGGGCAACCUGGGUACAACUACAACCUGGGCAACGUUGAGAAUUACUGUGGCAGCUUACACUGUGAUCUUUAUGUUCCACAUGUUCUAUCAACUCUUUGAGAAGGUCACAGCUGAAACUUUUUACUGAGCAAUAGACUGAAUUAUGGCAGUUUUUCAAGAAGCCAAAAGAAGAAUUCAGAUUGGAUAACAAAUUUGUGCAGCUAUAACAUCAACAAUACCCAAGAUUUCACUCUUCAACUGAUGAUGACUUCUCAGUUUACUGGAGCCACGAGAGAUCGACAAUUAUUUAUUCCACGGCUAGACGAGGAACUGUAUCUAAUGAUAUGCUUCCUUGUCUUACUGAUAAGCCAUAUGACCAUGUCACCUCGCAUUUGAGUGAAAUUCAGUCCACUUCUGUGACUCAUACAUUGAAACUUGCCAGUGAAAGUUUUAAAGAUGAACCAGAAGAAAAAUCAGAAACCCAACCCGAUUCUUCCAACACUGGCUAUUGGUCCAUGAAUGACAUGGCCUGGGAGAAUGUGGAAAAUAUUUUUCCACAUAUUGCAUCAUAUAUAGCUGAAAAAGCUCUGCAACGAUAUACAUCUGCGCAGGCAUCGGCUCAGACAGAAAAAAAUGUGAGAAGCGACGAUGAUGAUGAAGUGACUUAUGAGAGUCAUGGACCCAGUUCCAUUGGUUUGCGCUCUUGCAGUGAAAUGGUGCAAGAGAAACCUGAGCACAGAAGAAAGGAUUCUGCCAUUUCAGAGCUCAGGCUUUCUCCCUGUGCACCCCCACGGCUAACUGUAAGAAGUAUUUAUGCCCUAAAUAAGAGAGAAUGGCUAAAUAUUGAAUUCCUGGGUUCAGAGAAGACCAAACCUUUUGACAGCAUGGGUCAAGCAAGAAUGGCAUCAAUUUACUGGGCCCAGGAAAAAACUGUCACUGUUGUUUCUGCUAGUAGAACAACAACUGACGAUGACUUCUCAGUUUACUGGAGCCACGAGAGAUCGACAAUUAUUUAUUCCACGGCUAGACGAGGAACUGUAUCUAAUGAUAUGCUUCCUUGUCUUACUGAUAAGCCAUAUGACCAUGGCACCUCGCAUUUGAGUGAAAUUCAGUCCACUUCUGUGACUCAUACAUUGAAACCUGCCAGUGAAAGUUUUAAAGAUGAACUAGAAGAAAAAUCAGAACCCCAACCCGAUUCUUCCUACACUGGUUACUGGUCCAUGAAUGACAUGGCCUGGGAGAAUGUGGAAAUUCCUGAAACACAGAAUGGGUUUAUUUACAGCACACCACACAGCAUUGGGGCUGGUUUUCAAGCCGCCAGAAGAAGAGCUGAGGCUGCUAUAACAUGGCUCGGAACCACAAUUACAGCUCCAAUUAUGAUUGUGAUCUAUAUGUUCUACAUGUUGUAUCAAGUCUUUAAGAACAUCGCAGCCCCAUUUGUCAGGACCUUUUAUUGGGCAAGAGACAGGAUUCUGGUCAUUUUUCAAGAAGCCAGAAGAAAAUUUCAGAUGCAACAACAAAAUGAGGCAGCUACAAUGUGUGCACCUUUGAGAUUUACAGUGGCUGCUUUCACUGUGAUUUUCAUGUUCUACAUGUUCUAUCCACUCUUUGAGACCCCAGCAGGUCCAUUUCAGACAACCGCUUGCUGGGCAUCCGAUUGGGUUCUGGCAGUUUUUCAAGAAGCCAGAAGAAAAAUUCUAUUGGGACAACAAAUUGGGACAGCUACACUGUGGCCAACAUUGAAAAUUACAAUAGCAGCUUUCACUGUGAUCAUUAUGUUCCACAUCCUCUAUCAACUCUUUGUGAACAUCGCAGCUGCAUUUCAGACAACUGUUUACUGGGCAACAAACAGGAUUCUGGCAAUUUCUCAAGAAGCCAGAAGAAAAAAUCUUAUGAGGCAAUACACUGGGACAGCGACGCAUUGGGCAACAUUGCAAAUUACAGUAGCUGCUUUCACUGUGAUCUUUAUGUUUCACAUGCUCUAUCAACUCUUUGUGAGCAUCGCAGCUGCAUUUCGGACAAUUGUUUACUGGCCAAUAGACUGGAUUCUGGCAGUAAUUCAAGCAGCCAGAAGAAAAAUUCAGAUUGGACAACUAAUUGAGGCAGCUACAACCUGGGCAACAUUGAGAAUUACUGUGGCAGCUUACACUGUGAUCUUUAUGUUCCACAUGCUCUAUCAACUCUUUGAAAAGGUCACAGCUGAAACCUUUUACUGAGCAAUAGACUGAAUUAUGGCAGUUUUUCAAGAAGCCAAAAGAAGAAUUCCUGUUUCUUCACCUUUGAGUGAAGAAAUUUCUAUUUGGAUUCAAACACACAAAAUUAAUAAAACACCACCAACAGAGUUGGACGUUUUAAAAUCAAUAAACACAAUCAAUUGGA